CGCGUUGUAUGGUUCAGGGCCACAACCAGUGAGGUCUUUCCCAAGACCUACGACGUAGUUUCAUCUCCAGGUACACAGACAUGCUUGUCCUCUAUCUUCAACUCCACACAGCUCUUCAGCAGGGCGUGUCUGAAGGGAGGAAUUAGUAUUUCAGUGCAAUAAUGAAGUUGUGGAGCUUUGUUGGAAUUCUGCUCUGUCUUGCAGCAGGAUGCACCGCCGAGACAAGUGACUGUCCAACGCCAGCAGCACCCAGUUCCCUGAUGAAGAUGUUCCAGAAGCGUUGUCUUGAGUUCGUCCUCAGCAAGCCGGAUACAUGGAUAGCUGCAGAGCGAGACUGCGAACAAAGGGGAGGUCAUCUGGUAGACGUGGACAGUGAGCCCAUGCAGCGGUACCUGGAGUCGGUUUUGCAGACCAGAUACGUGGGGACGGGAGUGUGGAUCGGCAUCACUGAGUCCAACAACAAGUGGAUCAUGACAAACGGUUCCACCGACAAGUACACGAACUGGGCCACGGGAUCGCCGUCCAGCAAUAUAUACGACAGUCACAAGGACUGUGUGUACAUGGCGACGGGGACGUGGAAGUGGCAUGACGCCUUGUGCUCCUCGUCCGGCUUCCUCAUCCCUGUCUACGUGACACUCAACUACAUAUGUGAAUUCAGGACUCUGUCUUCGACUGCAGUUACAGUUCAACCCCAACGCACUACGAAAGACCCCUCAUCCAUCAACACCUGCCCCUACACAAUCACCAGACCCUCACGCGACACGUUCGGUUUCGGUGCCAAUACCUAUCAGCUAACGACUCUCGCAGCGGAGGGUGUUGACGCGAAGAAAGCCUGUGGUACAAACGGAGGUAACUUGGUGACCAUUCCUGACUGGGUUUCGCUGGUGUGCGUGCACGACGGAUUGGUCAAGGUGCUCAGGUUUUCAGGAAAUGAUGUGUGGAUCGGUCUGUCGGACGCGGAGACGGAGGGGCAAUGGAAGUGGGACAAUGGAGAGGCGUACUCCUACCAUCACUGGGCAAGAGGAGAACCGGGGUCGCCGCUGGGUACAAACGAGGACUGUGUCGUCAUGGAGACAGGCACCGGAUUCUGGAAAGACUACAGCUGCAACGGAGGAUUCUUAUUUGGCACCAACCGUUUCCCCUACCUCUGCCAGUUCAGUAACAUCACGUCUUCUAAGUCUACCAGCGCUGCAACUACUUCUCCAGCGACUACAACUACUACAGCCACAACCACAACAACUACAACCACGACAACUACCACAUCGCCGACUGCAACUGCAACUUCAGUAACGCCGUGCCCUAUCCUUGAAGCGUGCACCCUGGACUGUGGCCUGUCCGGAUUCAAGAAGGAUAACUCCGGCUGUCACAUCUGUGCCUGUGAUGACUAAAGUAUGGGAUUGGUCAGUCAUAUAGACAAUAAAUAUUUUUAACAUUGA